AUGGUUGAAGGACUUGAGUUGAAAGGCAUAAUGUAUCAGAGCUCUGUCGAUCUUUUGGAGGUGGUGAUGGAAACGAGAUCGCAAUCAAGGUUGAAGGAGGCGAUGGUUCGUGAUGUGGAAGGUUCGUUUGGAUCGAGAAUCACCAUUUUGGAGGUGAAGAUGGAAGAUCAAGCUGAGAAACUUAACCACAAGUUAGAUCAACACAUUGCGGAGAUUUUUGAAGCGAUUCUUAAUCACUACUCUGGAAGAAAUAGAUUAGCGAAGCUUGAUUUUCUUCGGUUUAGUGGUGAUAAUGUGAAGGAGUGGUUGUCUAAGAUUAAGCAGUUCUUUUCGAUUGAUAUGACACCGGAUGAUUUGAAGGUGGGAUUAGCAUCUGUGCAUUUUGAUGGUUUAGCUUUGGCUUGGCAUCAAUCUAUGAUGCAAUCGGAUGAAGGACAAGAUCUUUUGUAUGAUUGGAUGACUUAUCAGAUGUUGUUGGUGGAGCGUUUUGAAAAUGUGUUGGACGAAUAG